CGGCACCGGAAUUACCUAUGGUCCUGGAACUGGCACCGGAAUAACAUACGGGCCUGGGACUGGCACCGGAAUUACCUAUGGUCCUGGAACUGGCACCGGUAUAACAUACGGGCCUGGGACUGGCACCGGAAUUACCUAUGGGCCUGGAACUGGCACCGGAAUUACCUAUGGGCCUGGAACUGGCACCUAUGGGAUUACCCUAUGGGCCUGGAACUGGCACCGGAAUUACCAAUGGGCCUGGGAGCGGCACCGGAAUUACCUAUGGGCCUGGGACUGGCACUGGAAUUACCUAUGGGCCUGGGACUGGCACCGGAAUUACCUAUGGGCCUGGGACUGGCACCGGAAUUACUUAUGGACCUGGAACUGGAACAGGAUCUGGAACAGGUACCUGUGUGGAUAAACUGGCCAACUGCAAGAGUUACGACACCAGCACGGUCUGCAGUGGAACGUACGAGCAGUGGGCGAUCGACAACUGUGCCUUGACCUGCAACAAGUGUACAGGAUCAGGAGGUGGAACAAUCACUGGACCUGGCACUGGCACCGGAAUGACCUAUGGUCCUGGGACUGGCACUGGAAUUACAUAUGGGCCUGGAACCGGCACCGGAAUUACCUAUGGUCCUGGAACUGGCACCGGAAUAACAUACGGGCCUGGGACUGGCACCGGAAUUACCUAUGGUCCUGGAACUGGCACCGGUAUAACAUACGGGCCUGGGACUGGCACCGGAAUUACCUAUGGGCCUGGAACUGGCACCGGAAUUACCUAUGGGCCUGGAACUGGCACCGGGAUUACCUAUGGGCCUGGAACUGGCACCGGAAUUACCAAUGGGCCUGGGACUGGCACCGGAAUUACCUAUGGGCCUGGGACUGGCACUGGAAUUACCUAUGGGCCUGGGACUGGCACCGGAAUUACCUAUGGGCCUGGGACUGGCACCGGAAUUACUUAUGGACCUGGAACUGGAACAGGAUCUGGAACAGGUACCUGUGUGGAUAAACUGGCCAACUGCAAGAGUUACGACACCAGCACGGUCUGCAGUGGAACGUACGAGAAGUGGGCGAUCGACAACUGUGCCUUGACCUGCAACAAGUGUACAGGAUCAGGAGGUGGAACAAUCACUGGACCUGGCACUGGCACCGGAAUGACCUAUGGUCCUGGGACUGGCACUGGAAUUACCUAUGGCCCUGGAACUGGCACCGGAAUUACCUAUGGUCCUGGAACUGGCACCGGUAUAACAUACGGGCCUGGGACUGGCACCGGAAUUACCUAUGGUCCUGGAACUGGCACCGGAAUUACCUAUGGGCCUGGAACUGGCACCGGGAUCACCAAUGGGCCUGGAACUGGCACCGGAAUUACCUAUGGGCCUGGGAGCGGCACCGGAAUUACCUAUGGGCCUGGGACUGGCACUGGAAUUACCUAUGGGCCUGGGACUGGCACUGGAAUUACCUAUGGACCUGGGACUGGCACCGGAAUUACUUAUGGACCUGGAACUGGAACAGGAUCUGGAACAGGUACCUGUGUGGAUAAACUGGCCAACUGCAAGAGUUACGACACCAGCACGGUCUGCAGUGGAACGUACGAGAAGUGGGCGAUCGACAACUGUGCCUUGACCUGCAACAAGUGUACAGGAUCAGGAGGUGGAACAAUCACUGGACCUGGCACUGGCACCGGAAUUACCUAUGGUCCUGGAACUGGCACCGGAAUUACCUAUGGUCCUGGAACUGGCACCGGAAUAACAUAUGGGCCUGGAACUGGCACCGGAAUUACCUAUGGGCCUGGAACUGGCACCGGAAUUACCUAUGGGCCUGGGAGCGGCACCGGAAUUACCUAUGGGCCUGGGACUGGCACUGGAAUUACCUAUGGGCCUGGGACUGGCACUGGAAUUACCUAUGGGCCUGGGACUGGCACCGGAAUUACUUAUGGACCUGGAACUGGAACAGGAUCUGGAACAGGUACCUGUGUGGAUAAACUGGCCAACUGCAAGAGUUACGACACCAGCACGGUCUGCAGUGGACAAUACGAGCAGUGGGCAAUCGACAACUGUGCCUUGACCUGCAACAAGUGUACAAUAACCGGAACUGGAAGUGGAACCGGAACUGGAACCGGCACAGUAACUGGAACAGGCGCAUGCGUGGACAAAGCACCAAAUUGUGCUCAGUAUGGAUCCGAUGUUUGUACUCAGGCAAUGUACGCUAAAUGGGCGGUCAACACAUGCCCGAAGUUUUGUAAUAAGUGUCAAGGCACCGGAACGGGUACUGGCACAAUCAUCUAUCCUGGGGGAACAGGAACCGGGACCGGAACUGGAACUGGAACUGGAACUGGAACGGGGACCAUUUACUACCCUAGUGGAGUUCCCCUCCCUGGUGGAACUGGAACCUGGACAGGGACCGGGACCGGAACCGGAACCGGAACCGGAACCGGAACUGGAACUGGAACUGGAACGGGGACCAUUAUCUACCCUGGUGGAACUGGAACCGGAAAUGGAACUGGCACCAUCAUGUAUCCAGGUGGGACAGGUGCUUGUGCGGAUGUAAUCCAGAACUGUGCUGCCUACGGCGCAAGUGUCUGUACCAACAGUCAGUAUGAUAAAUGGGCCAAGGAUAACUGCGCCAAGACUUGUAAUAUGUGCUCCGGAACUGGUGCUGGUACUAUAACGGGAACUGGAACCGGUAGCGGGACCUUUACAGGAACAAGUUCCGGGUGUGUGUUCAAAGGCCAGGUCUACCAACAGGGACAGUCAUUUAAAGAUGGGUGCAAGCAGAGAUGCACGUGCCAGGAUGCUAAGACCGGCCGAUAUGCCUGUGACGAUCUGUGCUAUGACUUCACACUGCCAGCCUCAUGCACAAUGUUGGCUCCCAAGCCCGGCAAGUGCUGCAAGACACCCAGCUGCCCCUCUAGUGUCACCAUCAGCUACCCACCAGGCUACACGGAGGAAUAAAACAUGUACCUUUCACAUUUUCUACUGUGCAAUAAACUCAAUAAUUGUU